AUGUCUGUGAGAACAUCUGCAAGAUCCAAUAAGGGUCAGAAUAAAUAUAUGGAAGCAAUGGCCAAAGAAGAACAGGAACAAGAACAAGAACAAGAAAAUCCUACCAUUAUAUCAACAGAUGAUAAAGAAGAAUACGGUGAAGGAAACGUUAGAUGUCCCGUAUGUGGAACCACAGAUGAGAAUUAUGAUCCAAAUACAGAUACAAAUGGUGAUAUGGUUCAAUGUGAUGGUUGUGAUAUGUGGCAACAUAUUAAAUGUAUGACUGGUGGUCUUGAAGAUAUUGAAAGUUUAUUAACUCCUGAUAGGAAGUAUUUUUGUGAAAAAUGUGAUCCCACCAAAUAUCCUCAUUUAAAUUUGAACCAUCAAAAUGAUGACGAUCAACAUCCUGAGUAUGUCAAUAAGAACGUAGGGGUGCAACCACAUACCAAAGAUGAAGAUGGAGAUUAUAUGCCAAAUAUCAAUGAUAAUAUUCAUGAUCUUACUGACGAUAAAGACCAGAAUUUGGAUGAUGAAAAUGUAAAUAACAACAACAAUAGUAGUAGCAACCCUACCAACAAUAAUAACAACAACAACGCCACAAUCACGAAAAGAAGAAAAUCGGCUCAAUCCAAUAGUAGUAAUGCAAAGAAACGUAAAUCCACUUCGGCAGAGGUCCCCACUUCCUCUUCUUCCUCUUCCAUACCAGCAGCUGAAAGGGAUUCGAAAAUGAGAGUAAAUGCAUUGAAAAUGUUUAAUGAUUUAUUCAUGAAAUUCAUAAUCCCAGAAACAAUAAAUGCAAAAUUAUAUGAACUACCUCAAGGUAAAACUAUACAAUUAAUAUCAAAUGAAUUUUCAAAAAAUUUAGAAAGUGAAUUAUAUAAAGCAUGGUUUGAUAUGGAACAUGAUAAAUUAAGUAAAUACUAUCCAGAAAAGGUUCGAAAUUUGUUUUCCAAUUUAAAAGAUCCCAAAAAUUUGAAUUUAAAAUCUCAUGUAAUUAAUCAAUCAAUCCCCAUGAGUAAAUUAGUAAGAAUGAGUGUUUCGGAAUUAGCUAAUCCUGAUUUACAACAAUUUAAAGAAAAGGUAAAUACAGAUAGUUUGAAUCAAUUGGUCAUUGAAGCUCCAACAAAACCAAAAUAUAUAAAGACUCAUAAGGGGGAUGAAUUGAUUGAAAAUUAUGAUGAAGGUAAUGAUCUUGAUGAUUCAAUGGAUAGAAUAAAUGAAGAUAUAAUAUAUGAGAAAAAUAGUAUUCAAACAAGGAAAAUGAAUGAUUUAGAACUUCAUGAUACAACAAAUAAAGCUCCAUCUUCUUCUGCAUUACCAUCGUCUUUGUCUUCAUCUACCUCAUUAAAUCAACAAAAAAUAAAUGAUAACGAUAAUACAAUACAUUCGAACGAUAAUGGACAAGACAUGGAUAUAGAUAGCAAUACUGAUCCAGAAACAGAACAAGGACAAGAAGAAGAACAACAACAAGAACAACAACAACAGGAGAAUGAGAAAGGUGUAACAAUAAAUUAUCCAGAACUUGGUUAUAUAUUUUCAGGAAACAUAAAAUAUCAUGGUAUUUCUCACUCAAUUAAAUCACAAAAUGUCAAGCAAUUAAAUAUAUUUGGUAAUGAAUACGAUCCCAAGGGUAAUUACAAAUUAUUUGCAGAAGGUAGGUUAUCUUCCUCAAAAGCAUUUGAUUAUUUAGAUCAAAUCAAAUCAUCAUCAUCAAGAGUUAUUCUUAUUUAUCAAUUAUUUCAAACGAAUGACCAUGCUAAUGGUGAUGAUAAUGGUGCUUGUUCAAGACUAUUUGAUCAUUUAAUAGAAGAAAAAAGAGUGGUUGGAAUAAGAAAUAAACAGAAAUAUGAGAAGAUUAUAUAUUUAAUCCCACACGAUAGAAGGAAUGAUCAAGAACUUUUACAAAUUCAAAACCUAAUUGAUGAAAAUUUAACGGAAAUUCCAAUAUCAAAUGAUACAAUUCUUAAUGAUAGGACAUUCUUUUUAGUUGUAGUUGUAAAACCUGAAUUCAUUGGGAAGGAAUAG